CCAGCAGCAAAAUAUUCUACAAUAGUACAAUUCCUACUGCCAUUUUCAUUCAGUUGGCAGCGAAGGCAGGAUUUAACAUGAAAAGGGAUAUUUGAAGAAGAAAUCAGUAAAGCUGCACAUUUUGAAUUAAUCGGUUUUCUGAAACGUUUUCAUAUAACUGUUACGAAGGACUUGCACUAUAGUUACAAAAUAGGGUGAUCUGAUUUAUUUAAUAAUAUUAUUUUGUACGGAUUUCUCCAGAGAUUGAUUAUAGGAAUGAGUAUAGAAAUCCCUGCAGGGCUGACGGAGCUGUUGCAGAGCUUUACCGUGGAGGUUUUGAGGAACCAGCCGGGAGAUCUGGUCGAGUUUGCCCUGCAGUAUUUCACCAAGCUGAAGGAAAGUCAGAGCAAAGGGGCAGCUGUUGGCCAUGAGCGAAACUCGGCGUUUAGACCUGGCAAGGGAGUCAACUUUGUCGAGGAGCCCAUGCAAACCGAUUCGGAAAACGGAGAGGAUGAGGAAGAUGAUGAGGAAUUCAUAGCCCCGGUUAUCAACAGAUUUACAAGAAGAGCAUCAGUUUGUGCUGAAGCCUUCAAUCCUGAUGAUGAAGAUGGUGAUGAUGAAGAUGUAGAACCCAAGAUUAUUUAUCCCAAAGCAGAUGAACAAAGAAUUAGACUGCAGGAAACAUGCAAAGAUAUUCUUCUGUUCAAAAACUUAGACUCGGAACAGAUGUCUCAGGUAUUGGAUGCCAUGUUUGAGAGGCUAGUCAGUCCUGGUGAACACGUAAUUGACCAAGAUGAUGAUGGAGAUAAUUUCUAUGUUAUUGAAAGAGGAACAUAUGACAUCAGUGUAAAAGUAGAUGGCAUUGAUUGCUGUAUUGGUACCUACAAUAACCAUGGAAGUUUUGGGGAGCUGGCCUUAAUGUACAAUACUCCAAGAGCAGCCACAAUCAUUGCUACCUCACCUGGUGCUUUAUGGGGUUUGGACAGACUAACAUUCCGGAGAAUCAUUGUGAAAAACAAUGCCAAAAAGAAGAGAAUGUAUGAAAUAUUCAUUGAGACAUUGCCAUUGCUUAAAUCACUAGAACCAUCUGAAAGAAUGAAAGUGGUUGACGUAAUAGGAUCCAAAAUGUACAAAGAUGGAGAAUGUAUUAUUGCUCAGGGAGAUUCAGCUGAUUCUUUUUAUAUCGUGGAAUCUGGAGAAGUAAAAAUAACUAUGAGAAGAACCAAGAGUCAACUUAAUGUGGAAGAAAAUGGUGCAGUAGAGAUUGCACGGUGUACAAGAGGACAGUACUUUGGAGAGCUAGCUCUGGUAACAAACAAACCGCGAGCUGCUUCAGCAUAUGCUGUGGGAAAUGUCAAAUGUUUAGUUAUGGAUGUGCAAGCUUUCGAACGAUUGUUGGGUCCAUGCAUGGACAUCAUGAAAAGAAACAUCGUAAACUACGAGGAGCAGCUUGUCGAACUAUUUGGAACAAACAUGGACACUGCGUGAAGAGACAACAAAAAGUACAAACAUGCAUCUUGUGGGAAGAAAAAACAAAGAGUUAGUCCAAGGAAACUGUCAUCUUUCUGUAGAUGCAAAGCAUUUCUGUAACUUCUAUUUUUUAUUAUUUUGCUUUUUGAGAAAUGUGAAAUACUAAACAAACAAUAGCAAUGUAGAAGGUAUUUAGGCAAAAGAAAAAUAUUCAUACACUUCCAGGAUUCAUGGGGGAAUGCAGACAUUAGUAUAGUAUAUAGGUUACUCAUACUUGUUGAUCAAUUAAUUAAAGUCACAGUGAAAUAGAAAUUCUAAUACUCCACAUUUUCCAUGGCAGUUGAUUGUGUAAUUUAUUUUGUUCAUUUCUUUCCCCAAAACAUUCACAUACUUGAAAGCAACAUUAUUUAUAUA